UGGGCUGGCAUGCUGACCGUAUCCGUAGCACCUUUGGUGUGUCCCUGUGGGCCCAGGACUGCCAUCUCUGCUGCCUUCUAAUCCAACGCCCCCUGCCGCCAUGGUCCUGGAGCUCUACCUGGACCUGCUGUCGCAGCCCUGCCGCGCCGUCUACAUCUUCGCCAAGAAGAACGGCAUCCCCUUCGAGCUGCGCACCGUGGAACUGCUCAAAGGACAGCACCGGAACAAGGAGUUCUUACCAGUUAAUAGUCUGCAGAGGGUUCCUGUCCUCAAGGAUGGUGACUUUGUCUUGAGCGAAAGCGUGGCCAUCCUGAUUUACCUGAGCUGUAAGUACCAGACGGCGGACCACUGGUACCCAUCUGACCUGCAGGCCCGCAUGCGUAUCCAUGAGUACCUGGGCUGGCAUGCUGACCGUAUCCGUAGCACCUUUGGUGUGUCCCUGUGGGCCCAGGUGCUGGCACCGCUCAUUGGGGUUCAGCUGCCAGAGGAGAAGUUGAAGCGCAAUAGGACCGCUGUGGACCAGGCGCUGCAGCACCUGGAGGACAAGUUCCUGGGGGACAAGGCCUUCCUCACUAGUCAGCAGGUGACGCUGGCUGACCUCAUGGCACUGGAGGAGCUGAUGCAGUGCGUGGCUGUUGGCUAUGAUGUGUUUGCAGGACGGCCACGACUGGCUGCAUGGCAUAAGCGCGUGAAGGCUUUCCUGGGUACUGAUCUGUGGCAGGAGACACAUGAGUACAUCUUGAACAUCCUGGAACUGGCGGCCAACAAAAAACUCCCGCAGCCUUCCCCUGAAGCCUAUGCAAAUAUGAUGCUUCGUAUUUCCAGGAUCCCCUGAGGGAUCUGGGUUAAGGCUGAUUGGGGGUCAGAAGAUUAACAAUAUCCCUUCUGUUUCUUACUUGUCCCUUUUCAUCUUUUUCAUCGUGUUUUUCAGUCUCUUGUCUCUGACUCCAGGAGGAGCUCUGCACAGGGAGGACAGUGACUGUCCUUGGCAGUGUUUCUCCUCAGGUGUAGCAGACAUAAUCAAUAGAAGAUUAAAACCCACCAUAUGUAUAGAAAGAGCUCCUAAAAUUCAAUAACAUGAAGAAAAACAAAGGAAGUAAAAAUCAGCAAAUGUUAUUGGUCUUUUCAAUAUAAUGAAGAUUCUGAACACUUUGAUAAGAAACCAAGAAUUCUUGCUUUUAUUACAUUGUUGUAUUAUAUGUAUGGAGUAAAAUGUGUACCAGGAAACUUCAUCAUAGUUAACCAAAGUGACUUACUGUGUCAUGCUGACAGCUUCUAUGGUGUCAGUGGCUUGGCCUUUUCUCCCAGCCCCUAGCCAGGCUGGGUUAUGUGC